UCAUUUCUUGUGAAGUUGUGGUGCCCUAGUCUCUGUCGGAUCACCCAACCCUCAACGUCUCUCUUCUCUGGACUUCUGGUGUCUUUUUCUCGUCGCUCUCUCCCUCAACCUCAAGCUCUCUCACCUCCGAUCUCUGACUCGGUCUCGCACUCACUGUCUAGGACUGAGGCUCGUCGUCGCCCUCUGUGUCGUCACUGUCUCGAACUCCGUCCCCGCCUUCCACCUUCCUGCGCACGCUUCGCCGGCGGCAGAAGCAGACGGAACCAGCAUCUGGUCCCUUGGGUGGUGGUCAUUGUCGUCUUCUUGCUUCGGCCAUCAGUUCAUCUGGUCAGCUUCCUUCACCGUCACCGUCUCGCUCCCAGUCGCGCGCCUUCCCCGCGAUCGUCGUCGCCGCGGCAGAAGCAGCAAGUCCCUGGGCAGGUCGUCGUCGUCGCUCUCUGUCUCGUCACCGUCGCACUCAGAGGCACGCCUUCCCUGCGCUUGUUGUCGCCGGCAGCAGGUCUCGGUGGGCUAGUCUCCGUUGUCGUCUUCUUGCUUCGAGCCUGGCUGUCAGCUUCCUUCACUCAACCCGAUUUGCUAUGUAACAGUUCUUUGGUAGUGGAAGGAAAUAAGCAAUUGAUCAUUAGUUUCAUAUCUACAAGAACAACAAAUUCAAUAGAUGCGAGAAUAGCUUGAUAGAAGGAUGGAAUUUUGCUUCCUAAGGAUUUUAAAGCUCACUAUGAAAGUACUCGUGAUGUUAUUGCUAUUUCUGGGCAAUAUCAGGAACUCUGCAGCAUAUUUUUCAUCUUCUUCUGAGGCUACCAUGCAUACUAAUAAUUGGGCUGUUCUGGUCUGCACAUCACGCUUCUGGUUUAACUAUCGACAUAUGGCAAAUACGUUGUCACUGUAUAGGACAGUUAAGCGGCUAGGAAUAUCUGAUGAGAGGAUUAUACUCAUGCUAGCAGAUGACAUGGCAUGUAAUGCAAGAAACAAGUACCCUGCCCAAGUUUUUAAUAACGAAAACCAUAGACUUAACCUGUAUGGGGACAAUGUUGAGGUAGAUUAUCGUGGUUAUGAAGUGACAGUUGAAAACUUUCUGCGUGUGCUUACUGGACGUCAUGAGACUGCUGUUCCAAGGUCCAAGCGACUUCUUAGUGAUGAAGGAAGUCAUAUUCUUCUCUAUAUGACAGGGCACGGUGGUGAUGAGUUUUUGAAGUUUCAGGAUUCAGAAGAACUUCAGAGUCAUGAUUUAGCUGAUGCUGUGAAGCAAAUGAAAGAGAAGGGCAGGUUUAAGGAACUGCUGAUAAUGGUGGACACUUGCCAAGCUUCUACUCUCUUCUCUCAGCUUCAAUCACCUGGAGUUCUGGCAAUUGGAAGUAGCAUGAAAGGAGAGAAUUCAUAUUCACAUCACUUGGAUUCAGACGUUGGUGUUUCAGUUGUUGAUCGUUUCACUUUCUACACACUUGCCUUCUUUGAGAGGCUGAAUAUGUAUGACAAUGCCUCAUUGAGCAGUCUUUUCAAUUCAUAUAAUCCAAAUCUGUUGAUGUCAACUGCUUACUACAGAAGGGACCUAUACCAACGCCAUUUAGAAGAGGUACCUGUGACAAACUUCUUUGGCUCUGUGAUGGAAACAAUACACACUGAUUCAGCAUAUACAUCCUUCACAAAUAAAAAUUUUGGGGGAGCUAAAACCAAAAUAUUUUUGGGUCAAUCUUUCUCCAGCAGUGACAUAAAUUCUGUGAGAAACUCUGAUGAUGAAGAUCAAUUCAAUAAUUUAACGGCAGAGGAAGAUCAACACAAUGAAGUUGGACAGUGUAUUUUCUGUGCCAUGGAUAGUGGACAUCUGUGGAGUGUUAUUAUCGGCAAUGUUAUUACACACGAAAGUGUUGAUUUCUUUGUGUGCUAUGGCCUGGUUUUAAUGCUUCCUCUUUUGGUGUUUUCGACAUGGCUAUCAUUGUAACUGGUUGAAGAAAACAUUCUAUAAGUCUCUAGGCUGAGUUCCAUUGACGCCAGAUGUCAUGGUGGCUUGCUAUGCAAUUUCACACCAUGAAGAUUUAUCAGGGCUUUUACUUGUACAUGGGGGUAUAUGCACACUGAGAGAGCUUCAUAGUUGCGUAUCAUUUAUAUUAUAUUGGCUAUUUUAUCCUUGAUGCAGAGUUGAGUUCUUCAGUUAUAAUGUGUUCCACGAACAUGAUCUUUCUCUCCGUGAAUACAUUAUAAAUGAACCAUCAAAAGAUUUUUAUGCUUA